GAUGAAAGAAUAUUCUCACUCAAGAAGAUUGCUAUUUCCUGAAGGGAUAAAACCCCACCAGGGAAAACCCCUGUGGUUGUCAUAGGUAGGGCUGGUCUCCUCAAGCUGAUAACAUAGUUCCGACCAGAGGAGGAAGGCUGAAUGCACUUACUUCAUUGCUUGAAGCUUUCUGGGUAAUUGUGCAUCUUUCAUAUCUUAAAGACUCACAUACUCUGAGCUAGACAGAGGUCCCAACCCUGAAGAACCUCUCCAGAAUCCAGGUUGCUGAAUCUUCCCUGCUGCCUAGAGAGAAUCCAAACCACCUUUUGGCAAUGGGCAACUGGGUGGUUAACCACUGGUUCUCAGUUUUGUUUCUGGCUACUUGGUUGGGGCUGAAUGUUUUCCUCUUUGUGCAUGCCUUCCUGUCAUAUGAGAAAGCCGAUAAGUACUACUACACAAGAGAAAUCCUGGGUUCGGCAUUGGCCUGGGCCCGAGCCUCUGCUUGCUGCCUGAAUUUUAACAGCAUGCUGAUCUUGCUUCCUGUGUGUCGAAAUCUGCUGUCCUUCCUGAGGGGCACCUGCUCAUUCUGCAGGUGCACCCUGAGAAAGCAACUGGAUCACAACCUCACCUUCCACAAGCUAGUAGCAUAUAUGAUCUGCCUACACACAGCUAUUCACAUCAUUGCACACCUGUUCAACUUUGAACACUACAGCAGAAGCCGACAGGACACAGAUGGAUCCCUUGCCUCCAUUCUCUCCACCCUAUCUCAUCAAGAGAAAGGGGAAGGUUCGUGGCUAAAUCCUAUCCAGUCCCCAAACAUGACAGUGGAGUAUCUGACAUUUACCAGCAUUGCUGGUCUCACCGGAGUGAUCAUCACAAUAGCUCUGGUUCUCGUGGUGACUUCAGCUAUGGAGUUCAUCCAGAGGAGUUAUUUUGAGGUCUUCUGGUACACACACCAUAUUUUUAUCAUCUACUUCAUUGGUUUAGGGAUUCACGGCAUUGGUGGAAUUGUCCGGGGUCAAACAGAAGAGAGCCUGAAUGAGAGUCAUCCUCACAGGUGUGCAGAAUCUUUCAAGCACUGGGAUGAUCAUGACUCCCACUGCAAGCAUCCCUGAUUUGAAGGGCUCCCCGCUGAGUCUUGCAAGUGGAUCCUUGCACCAGGGGUUCUUCAUAUCUUUGAACGGAUUCUCCGAUUUUACCGCUCGCAGCAGAAGGUCGUGAUUACCAAGGUUGUCAUGCACCCAUCCAAAGUUCUGGAAUUGCAGAUGAACAAGCGUGGCUUCCGCAUGGAAGUGGGACAGUAUAUUUUUGUUAAUUGUCCCUCCAUCUCUUAUUUGGAGUGGCAUCCCUUUACUCUGACCUCUGCUCCAGAGGAAGACUUCUUCUCUAUUCAUAUCAGAGCGGCGGGGGACUGGACAGAAAAUCUCAUCAGGGCUUUUGAGCAGCAGCAGUCACCCAUUCCCAGGACUGAGGUGGAUGGUCCCUUUGGCACUGUCAGUGAAGAUGUCUUCCAAUAUGAAGUGGCUGUGUUGGUUGGAGCAGGAAUUGGGGUCACCCCCUUUGCUUCCAUCUUAAAAUCCAUCUGGUACAAAUUUCAGCGUGAAGAUCACAACCUUAAAACACAAACGAUCUAUUUCUACUGGAUCUGCAGGGAGACAGGUGCCUUUGCCUGGUUCAAUGACCUGUUGGCUUCUCUGGAACGUGAGAUGGAGGAAUUAGGCAAAGUGGAUUUUCUAAACUACCGUCUCUUCCUCACCGGAUGGGACAGCAACAUAGCCGGUCACGCCGCAUUAAACUUUGACAAGGCCACUGACAUCCUGACAGGUCUGAAACAGAAAACCUCCUUUGGGAGACCCAUGUGGGACAAUGAGUUUUCUACAAUAGCUAAUGCCCACCCCAGGUCUGUGGUGGGAGUCUUCCUAUGUGGUCCUCAGACCCUGGCAAAGAGCCUGAGCAAACGCUGUCACCAAUACUCCAGUCUGGAUCCCAGGAAGGUUCAAUUCUACUUCAACAAGGAAAACUUCUGAAUUACAGGAACGAGGAUGCUACUCUGCAUUUUAGUCUCUCCUCUGAAUCUCCCAACAACUUAGUCUGAUCAGGUUUGGGCAGCCCUUUAAGGACAGUAACAUGCCUCAGGCUCUGACUCCCUAGCCUCUCUUUUUUGAUUGGAUUCAACUUGGAUGUCACUGAUCUUCACGAGGCCACGAUAAUUGCAAAGGCCAUGGAUCCUUUCUUGGGAAAAGAACUGUAAAUCCUUCUGGAAUGCCAUGACUGCAACAAGGCCUGAGAGCCGAGGUGGUUGACAGCUACAUGACUUGACCCCAGGUGAUACUGAUUCCAAGUGUUACUUGGAAUCUCCCAGCCUUAGGUCAUAUUUUCCCCUCCCUCUGACCUUCAAAGAAAAUUUGUAAAUAGGGUGAUUUUCUUUAAAUAAAAAAUUUAUUGAAGAAUUAAUGACAAAACAUAAUCAUAAGCAUAAAUAAUAAAACAAUGAACAUAAAAUCACCAAGAACCCCAUCCCUAUAUAACACUAUGUACAUUCUUACUGUUAUUUAAAACAUGAUCUUAUCCAGUGUGAAUAGCAAUUUCUGCUUUACUUAUUUUUGCUUGUCAAGAAAUGAAGGAUUUUCCUCUUUGCUUAAUGAAUGAAUCUUAUUACUUAAUCUAGGUUCUCCAUUUGGGAAAGAAAAUCUUGAAACGAUGCUAAUUAUAAUUGAAAUUAUAAUUGAAAGUCAGAUAUAUUAUCAUUAGCUUACAUGGUUCUGUUGGAAAUAAUUGCAAAAACUUGAACUCCAUCUUAAGAUGACUUAGUCAACAGGGGCUCUUUAUCAUCAUUUUUACUAAGGUGGUUUACGAACGUUUCUUUUUUAAAAAAGAUAAUUUAAAACUUUGAUACCAUUUUUCCGGCUCUUCCCUAUUUAUUAAGGAAUCAUUCACCUAAUGACAUAAGCAAAAUGUCUUAUCUCCUAUCAAAAUGCUUUUUAUUUCUCCCAUCCACCUGGCUCUGGGAUGUUAGUAGACACUGUGAUCAGUAGAAGCGAAGACUGAGGGGCCCUUAAAAGAGAGGGGAAAAAAAACCCAUACUUCAUUGUGCCCAAAGACAAGUCAACUGAUUAAAUUUGUAAGACUGUUUCUACUAAAUUAGCAUUAUAGCACCUAUUUCUCUACCAUUAAGUGACCAAAAAUGAACAGAUGGUUGUUUCUAAUUAUCCAAAAAUCUGUAUGACUUGAAGGAUUAGUAAGAUCCAUUUUCAGUAACUAGUCUGAACAAAACAAAGGUGUCAUGAACUCACGGCAGCUAAUUGUGUUUCAUUUAUUAAUUGGACAUCAGAAAAAAUAGUAAUGGAUAUUUCCGUAGGAACAGAUUGGAAUAUCCCUGCUGUUGCUGAUUUCCUGGAUUUCAACAAUCUAAAUGAAAUUUAAUAAGGCUUUAGGAAAAUGCACAAUGGAACCUGGAUGAUUUGGUUCCUCUUAGACAACUGCUGACUACAUAAUUUGAUCUUCGUUGAUUUUGAUCUGGAAUCUUAGUGUUCCUUGAAACUUACAUAAUGAGUUCCUAAUGAGAAAGGCUUCACUCUCGGUUUCAAUGUCUAACUAUAUCAAUACUUUGAGAUAGGACUACUGCUAAAAUCAACAUGUUAAGGCCUAGAAUAUUCAUGGAAGUAGGCAGAAAAGGUAAUGAUAAUAAUAAAUCCUAUGUAUAAUCAACAUCCAAGCCUGAAUUGGGGAUGAGCAGGAGUCCCAGAAAGCUCCUCAGCUGUUUUGAGCGUUUUUCUUCCUAGGUUGUAAUAUGAAGUAGCUUAUUCAGCAAAUUUUUGUCGUAGUAAACGUUUAUAUAUCAGAAUAGAAAAUCCCUCAAUUUCAAUGUCUCUCAUAAAGUUGAUUAUCAUUGCAUUCUUUUGCUUGACAUGUAAGCAAUAUGCUAUUACAUUCUCUAAGCCUAUGGCAGGCUUUUAAUUCACUUGACCAUAAUCCUCACCCAGAGGGUAGGAUUCUGAGAAUAUAAAUAGGUUCAAAGAAUAGUUCCAGUGGAACUUUACUAAUUAUUAAGGCAUCUCUUAACCUCUUGAGGUUGGCCUGAUGGGAGAGAAAUCAUGUUCCUCCUUAAUGCCACUAUGAGAGAGAGAAUACUAGGUAGGAGGAGCCAUAGGUCAGAGCGAGUGGCACUAAUUACUGUCAUAUCCAUCUGUAAGGAAGCAGGCAGGGGCAGGCCUAAUGGGCAAUCUGACUGCUUGUGAUCUACACUUGGUCCUCUUAAAAUAAAUGAGAAGAAUGUAAAAGUUUUAGGGUUUUCUAUGUUUUAAUUUCCCAAAAUAAAUUUGGUUAUGGGGGAAGGCUAUAAGUUAGUGAUUAUCUAGAAGGCAGAAUGAAAUGUAUUUUGUUCCUUUGAUUUCUAUUUAGUUUUUACUUCAUCUUGAACAUGUGAAAAGUUAGUGGCUUCUUUAACUUUUAAGGUUGACUACCAAGACUGAAGAGUUUUAGAACAGACAGGUAAAUGUUAACAGUCUCCUGUGUUGCUGACACACUUGAACCAGUGCCAAUAUAACAUUUUUGUCUUAGCUCUGAAAUAUGCAUGUGAAUAAACCUGCUAUUGAUAAAAAAAAGUGCAUUUUGAUCAUUAGAUUUUCCUAAACUAAAUACACUGCUCUGCUAGGCUCUUUGCUUUGUUGGCCUUCUGACCAUUUAAUAGCUCUAAGCAGGGGCUAUUUUCUCCCAGUAAACUCAGAAGUUCUAGCAAGUUCUCAAAGGGCAAAUAUUAUUCCUGCUGGAAGCAAACAAAGCAAAAACUAAGUUCCAGAAAACAUUGCUUCUGAGAAAUUCUCAAAUAUCACCAAGAAGAAUAAGUGGUUAACUUAAAGGAAAAACAGAACUAUGGCAAUAUAACAUUAAAGUACAAUACUGCGGUAAGGGUUGAAAACACAUCUAAGGUUUCACCCUUGGUGUUCAGCCUUUUAAAAGCAAAAAGGUCGUGUAUAUCAAUUUGCAGUAUACUAAAAUUGUGUUCAAAGUUUAUUUCAAGUCACAGAAAAUAUACAAACUAAGACAACAGAA